AUGGCGGUGGGGGCCGCUCCCCGACUUGCCCUGAGCGUGGCCCCAUUUCCCAGAUGGAAGAGGCUGUCUAGGCCGCCCCCUCCCUUCUUUGAUGGGGAGCCUGAGGCCCAGGACCUUCCCCUUGGCCCCAGCAGCAAGCUCCUUCCUCUGGGCUUGGAGACUGCACAGAGCCAAGGGCUGAGGGGAAAGGCGGGGCUGCCCACAUCUGGCCAGAGCAACCACAUCUGGCCGCAGCAGCAGCAGCAGCCCGGGGGCCCCGGCUGGGCGGAGGUCCGCCCCCUCCGGCCCAGCCCGCCACAGCUGUCCCGGGCUGCCCAUGGAGCUCGACCAGGCUUUCUGCGCCGCGGGCGAGUUCGGGAGAUGCCAGAGGCGCCUCGUGGCCGUUCUGCUGGGGCUGCAGGUCUCUUUUUUGAUGUCAUUUUGGGCUAUAUCUCAGCCUUCGCCCCAAGUUACCGAGUCUUUGCCAUGUCCCGCCUUGGUGUCGGAGUUAUGAAUGGUGGAACAGCUUUAGUAUCUUUUGUCUUGACACAAGAAUAUGUAGGGAAAUCAUUUUGGGCACUAACAGGUUCGUUGACCAACAUGACUUUCGCGGUUGGCAUCGCAUUCUAUGCUGUGCUCGGGUACUACAUCAGGGACUGGCGCACCUUGGUCUUUGUCUCGAAUUCUCCUGGGGCUUUCUUCUUUCUCCUUUCCUACCUGCUCCCUGAAUCACCGAGGUGGCUGCAUUCCCAAGGGGCUGUGGAAAAAGCCGAGGCCAUAAUGCAGUACAUAGCCUGUGCUAAUGGCAAAGAGAGGUUAAAGAUAAAAUUGAAACCACUUGGAGGGGCAGGGAAAAUCCAAGACUCAGCACCUGGAGUUCUGAACCUGGUCACACACCCCGUCCUUCGCUGGCGGACAGUCAUCCUGAUGUACAUUUGGUACGUGUGUAGCCUUGUCUACUAUGGCCUUACUCUGAAUGCUGGUGAACUCAAAGGAAAUCUGUACCUGAACGUGGCUCUGUAUGGUCUGGCGGAAGUCCCGGCAUGCCCUCUCUGUAUAUACUUCAUCGAGAAGCCCUGGGCGGGGAGACGGAGAACCGCCUCUGCUUUCCUCGUUUUCGCAGGGUUUACCUGCAUCUCCUCCGUGUUCUUGAGUGACCGUUCCGGUUGGUUUUGGAAUCCCACGCUGUUGGCCUUGAGUGGAAAACUGGCGAUAAGCGCCGCCUUCAACAUCGUGUACAUCUACACCUCAGAACUCUACCCGACAGUCAUCAGGAACGCCGGCCUGGGGGUCUGCUCGAUGGCCUGCAGACUGGGUGGCAUCUUGGCUCCUUUCGUCCCCACCAUGAAGUCUCUGGGCCCGGCCGUCCCGUUGCUGGUGUUCGGCCUCAGCGGACUCUCCGCAGGAUUCCUGGAUCUGCUCCUGCCAGAAACACUGAACGGGCCCAUCGCGGAGAGCCUGCAGGAUCUGUAG